AUGGAUAGCGAGCUUAGCUUUCCUCCUGGGACUUCUCGUCUCCUGAGUCGCUCUGAGAUUAUCCUCGUUCCAAUACCCUCACAAGAUCCCAACGAUCCUCUGAACUGGAGUAAACGAAGAAAAGCAUGGAACUUCACCCUCGUCCUCGCCGUAACAGUAGCCUUCUUCUCAGCGAUCGUCAUGCAAAUGGUCCUAUGGCAACAAAUGAUAACCUCCAUGCACGUAACCUACGACCAGCUAAACUACGGCGUUGCCUUCAACUCAGCCGGUCUCGCCCUCGGAAGUUUCCUCUUCAUCCCGCUCGCUCGAAAAUACGGCUCUCGACCAUGCUACAUACUCUCCACUGGUCUCAUGGCUGCCGUGUCGUGGUGGAGUGGCAGGAUGGAGACGGUGGGGGAGAUGUAUGUUACGAAUUUUCUCUCGGGUCUUGCGGCGAGUAUCAAUGAGACUAUCUCGGAGAUCACGAUUGCGGACUUGUUCUUUGUCCAUCAACGAGGUACGGCGAAUGGCUUUUAUAUCAUGGCUGUCAUGGUCGGUCAAUUCGUCUGUCCUUGCAUCGUGGGCGUCCAAGCAGCAGCCCAAGACUGGCGAUGGACAUACUACACCACCGGCAUCGUCCUAACCAUCCUCUUUCUCCUGUUCAUCUUCUUCUUUGAAGAAACAAAGUUCAUACCCGUCACAAUUGGCGAAACGCGCAACACUCCAAGCCAAGGCAUACCCGCACUCAAGAACCCAAAGGAUGACUCAACCCAAGGAGACAUCCAGGACUCAGACAUCAACUCUGAAACUCACCCACCAAGACUCACAUACAAGCAACGAAUGCGCUUCAUAACACGCACAGACGAACCCCUCUGGCGUAACUAUCUCGUCCCUCUCAAAAUGUUUCUCUUCCCCCAUGUUCUCUUCUCAGCGCUUCAGGUAGCAAGCUGCGUUGCUUUCCUCAUACUCCUCACAUCAUCAAUAUCCAUGGUCUUUUCCGCACCGCCAUAUAACUUCAACACAGCGGGCGUAGGCCUCAUGUCCCUUGGGCCGUUUGUUGGAAACUUUCUGGGGAGUGUUUAUGGUGGUGUGCUGGGUGAUUGGGUUGUUGUUAAGUUGGCGGGGAGGAAUAAGGGCAUCUUUGAACCGGAGAUGAGACUGUAUAUUCUUCUGUUGCCGGCGGUCCUUAUGGGUGGUGGACUUGUUUUCUUUGGAGUAUCUGCUGAUAAGGGCUGGCAUUGGAUAUAUCCUAGUAUUGGAGGUGCCAUGUUUGGCUUUGGUAUGGCAUCAAUGAUUGACAUAUCAUGCACAAUCGUCAUCGAUAUCUACCAGAGUCUCACAGCAGAGGCAUUCAUAUCGGUCACAUUUAUCCGCAACAUUCCCUCCAUCGGUGUUCCAUUUGGUGUUGUCGGCUGGAUAUCAUCCAUUGGCAUCUCAAAGCUCUUCAUCAUCAGCGGAUGCGUCGCUACUCUUGUUUGUCUUUUAUUCAUUCCUUGCGCCAUCUGGGGCCGACGUGUUCGCGAAAACACAUGGCAAAUGUAUGAGUCUGUAAGGGAAUUGAAAGGAGCAACUCGGCACUAA